CGCACCACAAGUCGUGCAAUGUGGACGACUAUUUCGGCUGUGUACGAGGCGUGGUCGAGAAGUCAAUGGAAAAAGGCUCCGAUGGCGAGUGCUUGCCCAACUGUGAAAGUGUGGACUAUAUUGCUUGGCAGGAUAUGAAUAUACUCCCGCAGCAUCUCAUGCCUGCUCUCAUCGAAGGGCACGAGGAAGAUGACGAAGAAGAAGUGGAGCAGGAUGACAUCGAAGAAGAUGUGAGCGACAUCCCGCUCAAAUAUUUGGAAAUUACGAAUCGAACUUACGAGACGUUCUUCCAAUGUGAGGAGAACAACUACCUGGAUCCUGCACAGGUUCCUUACAUAAAACGAAAUGCUCAUCGUGCGUACGAAAAGCAGGCACGAUACCAGGAAGACAUCUUUUUGAGGACGAAAAGGCGAAUCGUACAACUGAGAGCAGCCGUUCGAA